UGACAUCACCCGUGCUGAUAUCUACACCCUGAGUAUAAAACCUCCGUCAACUUUAACACUCGUUAGUUUUAAGGAGAUCCUCGAGUGACCGUAAUAUUAAAUACCAAGCAUCGCAUUCUCAUUCUAUACAUUUUUGAGUGCACGUUAUUCUUGAAAGUUGAUGACGAUGCAGUACGCUUUGAAAAUGGCAAGGUGUUCCCGGCUUCUGAACAAGCACAACAUCGUGGCACGGCACACGCGUGGCUUGCAACUGACGAGUAGUUCGCAGAGGCGGAACAUGGGCAAACUGCUUCCGCAAAAGGAGGAAUUUCAAGCGAGGCACAUCGGGCCCAGGGAGCACGAGCAGAUAGAGAUGCUGCGACUAAUUGGAUUCAAGAGUCUCGAUGAAUUAACGGAAGCGGCGGUGCCAGCUAAAAUUCUUCACAAGGGAGAUUUAAAUCUCGACGAGCCAGUUACCGAGUACGAACUAGUGAAGCGGAUCACCAAAAUUUCGGAAAAGAACGAGGUAUGGCGCUCCUACAUAGGCAUGGGGUACCACAACUGCUGCGUGCCGCAUACGAUUAUGCGCAACAUUUUUGAGAAUCCCGGAUGGACGACGCAAUAUACUCCUUAUCAGCCGGAGAUUUCGCAAGGACGGCUCGAAGGCUUGCUGAAUUACCAAACCAUGAUAUGCGAUUUCACGGGCAUGGAGGUGGCGAACGCUUCUCUCCUGGACGAAGGGACAGCGGCGGCGGAGGCCCUGGCGCUCGCGUACAGGCACAAUAAGAGAAGGAAAUUGUUUCUCUCCGACCGUGUGCAUCCUCAGACUAUCAGCGUUAUCGCAACACGCGCCGCUUCCCAGGGUUUAACGCUAGAAGUCGGAGACGUGUUUAAAGUGGACACCAGCGGAAAUGACAUCGCCGGUAUUCUCCUGCAGUAUCCCGAUACAACUGGCUGUAUCCACGACUUCGAGGACGUUGUCAUGAAGGCGCACGCUAACGGGACACUCGUCUGCGCUGCCACCGACUUACUGGCGUUGGCUAUACUUCAACCGCCGAGUGACUUCGGUGUCGACAUAUGCGUGGGUACGAGCCAACGUUUCGGCGUGCCUCUCGGAUACGGCGGGCCUCACGCCGGGUUCUUCGCGUGCCGGCAGAAACUGGUGCGACUGAUGCCCGGCAGAAUGAUAGGCGUUACGAGAGAUUCCAGCGGCCAGGACGCUUAUCGGCUGGCCCUACAAACGCGCGAGCAGCACAUCAGGAGGGACAAGGCCACCAGCAAUAUCUGCACCGCCCAAGCGUUGCUGGCCAACAUGUCCGCGAUGUACGCGGUUUAUCACGGGCCUCAGGGGAUACGCGACAUCGCGAGCAGGGUGCACAAUUUGACGCUAGCUCUGGCGAAGGGCUUGGAUACGGCUGAAAACGCAAUAAAUAACAUAUACUUCUUCGACACGAUUACGGUGACGCCGAGGAUGUCUGUACAGACGAUAAAGGAAAAUGCGAAUAGGGCUAAAAUAAACUUGAGGUAUUUUAACAACGGUACGAUCGGAAUAUCCCUCGACGAGACGACGACGGCGGAGGACGUGAACGAUCUCUUCAAGAUAUUUUCGGCGAACACUACGGUCGAAGAGGUGGUGAAGGAUGAGAGCUUCCUCGCGAAGAGUCUGGACAAGUCGGAUUUCCACCGUACCAUUUCGUACCUGCAGCAUCCCGUCUUCAAUAGCUAUCAUUCGGAGACGAGAUUAGUUAGAUACAUGAAGUCCCUGGAGAACAAAGACGUAUCUCUUGUACACAGCAUGAUUCCACUGGGUUCUUGCACAAUGAAAUUGAACUCAACGACGGAGAUGAUGCCUUGCAGUAUGAAGGCUCUCACGGACAUACAUCCUUUCGCGCCGCUCGAGCAGGCCGAGGGAUACCAGCAACUGUUCGCCGAGCUGGAACGAGAUCUGUGCGCGAUCACCGGCUACGACGGUAUCAGCUUCCAGCCGAAUAGCGGGGCGCAGGGCGAAUACGCGGGUCUGAGGGCUAUACAGUGUUACCACGAGUCGAGGGGCGACAGGCAUCGGCAGGUCUGCCUGAUCCCGAUAUCCGCGCACGGCACGAAUCCCGCGUCCGCGCAGAUGGCGGGUAUGCAGGUGGAACCGAUCCUCGUGCGGAAGGACGGCUCCGUCGACAUGGCGCACUUGAGAGAGAUGAUCGACAAGUACCGAGAGACGCUGUCGUGCCUGAUGAUCACGUAUCCGUCGACGAACGGAGUGUUCGAGGAGACGAUCGGCGACAUAUGUAACAUGGUGCACAACGCCGGCGGGCAGGUGUACCUGGACGGCGCCAACAUGAACGCUCAAGUCGGCCUGUGUCGACCCGGUGAUUACGGCAGCGACGUGUCGCAUCUCAAUCUGCACAAAACGUUCUGCAUCCCUCACGGGGGUGGCGGACCGGGCAUGGGUCCCAUCGGGGUGAAGCGACAUCUCACACCUUUCCUGCCGAAUCAUCCGGUAGUAAGUUGUUCGGGUAACGGCUAUAGUGAUUUGAAGAAUCUCGGUGCCGUAUCGGCCGCGCCUUUCGGAUCGUCCGCCAUUCUACCGAUCUCAUGGGCUUACAUCAAGAUGAUGGGCCCAAAAGGCUUACGCAAGGCUACGCAGGUGGCUAUUCUCAACGCCAAUUACAUGAGCAAGAGAUUGGAGAAGCAUUACAAAACGUUGUACAAGGGUGACACCGGGCUGAUCGCGCACGAGUUCAUCCUGGAUGUGAGAGACUUCAAGAAAACUGCCAACAUCGAGGCCGUUGACAUCGCGAAGAGAUUGAUGGACUAUGGUUUCCACGCGCCGACGAUGAGUUGGCCGGUGGCUGGUACAUUGAUGAUCGAACCGACCGAAUCCGAGGACAAGACUGAAUUGGAUAGAUUUUGUGAUUCAUUAAUCUCUAUAAGAAAGGAGAUUGCGAACAUUGAGGAAGGAAAAUUAGAUAUCGUACAGAAUCCUUUGAAAAUGGCACCUCACACGCAGGAGCAAGUUAUAAAGACCGAAUGGAAUCGACCAUAUUCGCGAGAAUUAGCGGCUUUUCCUGCGACAUUUGUGAGAGGAAGCAAUAAGAUUUGGCCAAGCGUUGGAAGGAUAGACGACAUAUAUGGUGAUAAGAAUCUAUUUUGUACAUGCCCGCCCAUUUUGCCUACAGAGCAAUAAUUGUGUGAUGUUAUAUUUAUAUACCAUGUACAGUUAUUACUUAUCUAAUGUAGGACUAUUUAAAUAUUUAUUAUUACUUUUAUACAAAUAUAUUAUUUAUAUAAAACAUAAUGCUUUUUUUUUAUCUGUUGUAGACGAAAUAUAACGAGAAUCUGUCAGAUUUAAAUUUUUAGCAAAUAAACUGUCAUUUUUGUCAUCGCUCGUA